AUAGUUUUAAAUUUCUUCAAUGGAGUGAUAAAAUUCAGAUGUCCUUAGAUAUUGUAUGUGGAUUAAAAUAUUUACAUUCCGAACAAAUAAUUCAUAGAGAUUUGCAUGCAAAAAACAUAUUAGUUGAUAAUAAUAGACUAAUGAUCGCAGACUUUGGAACAUCUAAAUAAUUAUCAGAAUCUACGUCUAAUUCAACAAAUUCAACGGCUAAUGGAUUAGGAAUGGCUGAAUAUAAUGAACCACAACUUUUUAAGAUUAUCAAUUACAAAAAAGAUAAAAAAUCUGAUAUUUAUAGUUUAGGUGUUUUAUUAUGGGAAAUUUCAAGCGGACGCCCUCCUUUCCUCGGUUAUUCACGAAUUGUAUUAGGAUCUCAUAUUAGUUAUCUUGAUCUUAGAGAAAAACCAGUUGAAGGUACACCUUUGGAAUAUCAACAACUUUAUCAAAAAUGUUGGAAUGGUGAUCCAGAUUUAAGACCAGAUAUUGAUGAAGUAUAUGAAGCUUUAAGUAACAUGUCAGGACCUACUAACCAAAUUCGGUCACUGUCGUUGCAAAUUCGACCAUUGUUUCCGCCUGAUCUUACUGAUUUUUUACGGGUUUUACCAAAACAUCGAAAAUUUCGUGGAUUUAGUGGUUUUGUAGCGUACCGAAAAGCUUGUUUACUACGAGCUAAAAACCAGGGACUGAAUUUACCUCUAAGUACAAUUUCUUCAAUUGCAUCCAUUUUAUGGCGCAAUGAAUCAGUUGACAUAAAGAAUACUUUUCUUGAUAUUGCCAAGCAGGUUACUCAUAUAUAUGAUUUCCAUAACGCACAAUUUGGAAAUAUUUCAAAUUAUAUCAUAGAAAUAAGACAUCAAAAUCUCCACUAAUCCUAAAACUCAUCAUCAUCUACAUUCUCCUUUGAGUUCUUUUUUUGUCUUAUUUGUAAUGUUAUUUUACAUAUUCACUUUUUUCUUGCUUAUUUUAAUUUUAUCCUACCUACAUUGUAGUAUUAGUACUAGUAACAGUACUAGUAGUUGUUUUAUAAAUAAUAAACAUAAGUAUUAU